AUGGCUAAUUGGACCAUCCUUAUCCAACUCAAGUUGUUGGUACUUACUGUGCUUUUGGUACAACUCUGCGGAGCCAGCAGGUUGAGUAUGUUUGAUAAACUUGGUUCUACUGAUGAACCACAAAGCAAUGGCACAAUAUGGGCCGUUCUAGUAGCUGGUUCCAACGGUUAUUUUAAUUAUCGCCACCAGGCAGAUGUUUGUCAUGCGUAUCAAAUAUUGAAGCGAGGUGGCUUGAAAGAUGAAAAUAUAAUCGUAUUCAUGUAUGAUGAUAUUGCCAAUAGUUCACUCAACCCGAGACCUGGUGUCAUAAUUAAUAGUCCAAAUGGCUCUGAUGUCUACGCUGGCGUACCAAAGGAUUAUACGGGUGAAAGUGUGACUGCAGCCAAUUUCUACGCUGUGCUUCUAGGCAGUGCAUCAGCGGUGCAGGGUGGAAGUGGGAAAGUUGUAGCGAGCAAGCCUGGGGAUAAGAUAUUUGUGUAUUUCACGGAUCACGGUGGCCCUGGAAUUCUAUGCAUGCCAACUGGGCCUUACAUUUUUGCGAAUGAUUUCAUUGAAGUUUUGGAAUCAAAACACGCAAUGGGUACCUAUGAUGAGAUGGUUCUAUAUGUUGAAGCAUGUGAAAGUGGAAGCAUUUUCGAAGGUCUAUUGCCUACAAACCUAAACAUUUUCGUGACUACUGCAGCGAAUGCAAAUGAGAGUAGCUGGGCCGCAUAUUGUCCCAGUAUGACACCACCCCCACCACCAGGUUUCGAAACUUGCUUAGGUGACUUAUACAGUAUUUCAUGGAUGGAAGACAGUGACUUGGAAGAUUUAAGGAUUGAAACUUUGGAACAACAAUACUUGAAGGUGAAGACGAGGACUUACAAUAACAAUUCUACAUAUGGAUCUCAUGUGAUGCAAUACGGUUCUCUGAGCAUAAGCAAUGAGACUGUCUCAACAUACCAAGGUUCUGCUCCUGGGAACCUCUCUGCUGACCCACUUCAGUCUUUUGACUCAAUGGGUGUUGUUGACCAAAGAGAUGCGGAUCUCUAUGCAAUGUGGCAUAAGCACAAUCAAUUAACAGAAGGCUCAGAACAGAAACAUGACCUACUUCAGAAAAUUACAGAAAUAACUGAACACAGGGCACAUUUGGAUAGCAGUGUUAAUGUGAUCAAAACCAGUUUAUUAGGCAAUGAACAAGGAUCAGCAAGACCUGCAGGAUCUCCCCUUGUAGAUGAUUGGAAGUGUCUUAAAUCUAUGGUUCGAACCUUUGAGACCUACUGCGGAUCGUUGACUCAGUAUGGCAUGAAACAUACACGCACAUUCGCUAUUUUAUGCAACAACGGAAUUUCUGAGAAAGCCAUGGAAGAAGCUUCAAAGAAGGCUUGCAGCUCAUAUGAUAUGGGGCAAUGGAAUCCUGUGAUAGUCGGUUACAGUGCUUAAUCACUAUACAUGUAAAAAAGGUGGUAGAUCAAACGGGCAAGGAAAUGGUUUGUUUUGUUUUCAUUUUUAGAGUAUAUCAUUUGCAAUAAAUGUAAAACCGAACUGAAUCAGCUCAAAACGACAUGGUUCUUGUUCAAUUACCAAACUAUCUUUGUAAUUUUGAUUAUGCUUGGAGUAGAAGAACAAAGGGCAUCAGAAAAGUCAAUAGUAUGUGCAAGGAAACUUUUCUGUUAUUGUUCUAAUAUAGUAUGUAUGCUGUCAA